AUGGCUGCUGCUGCUCCAGUUCGAGUGGACUUGGCCAGCCUGGGUCCCGGGCUGCCGGAUUCUGUGGAAGAGCCCGACGGCCUCACCUACCAUUUGCACCAUCUCAUUGCUACGGAUCUGCAGCCUCUCGAGGUCUCCACAGAUCUCGAAGAAAAAACACAAAAAGCUGCUCAAUUAUUUGUGACGAAGUUAUUUUCGCUGCCUCGGCACGUGUCGGAAGAUGGGGUGUACGUACAGCUGCCGCCGCCGCCCAAGAUCGACACUUUCCGCUUCCCGCGGACUCUCAAGCUGCCGACGGCGCGGCCGCUGACUCGGUGGGAAGCCUUUGCAAAAGCAAAAGGAAUUGUGAAAAGAAAACGCUCGAGAUUAAUUUGGAGUGAAGAUUUAAAAGAUUGGAUUCCCCGGUGGGGCCCCCGGGGCCCCCGAGCGGUGCAGCAGCAGCAGCAAGCAGUGCUGGAGGAGAAGGGGGCUGUGACUUUGCGCAGCAGGAGAGUCAGCAUCAAGAAAGCUGCUGCUGCUGCUGCUGCUGCUGCUGCUGGGGGGGGCAAGAAGAGGAAGCGGCUCGCGGUGCCGGACGCUGCUGCUGCUGCUGCUGCUGCUGCAGCAGCAGCAGGCAACCAGGAGGACUUGUUCACUCAGGCCAAGAAGCAGCAGCAACUGGAAAAGGCCAAACAGAAACUCCGGGAACUUCGGAACCAGGCGGAAGCAAAAGCAGGAGUUGCAGCAACUCGCGGAUUGCUGCAGACUGCAGCAGCAGCAGCAGCAGCAGCAGCAAGGGGGGCCCCCAGGGGGGCCCCCGCGGGGGCCCCCACCCUCCCCACUGGCAUUCCGGUGCUGUCUUCGAAGAAGCACCGCGGCAAGUCCAAGCAGGAACUCAAGGAGCUGCUGCUCAGGUCCCAAACCCUAAACCCUAAACCCUAA